AGGGAUCAGAAGCAGCACAUGUCUGCCAAAUCACGUAUGACGAACACUGCCUAUCCCUAUGUGGCAAGAAGCCAGAUGCCAUAGGAAGUCUGCCUGCAGGAGUUUCAGGAGCUGCUGCAAAAAAAUAAACCAAUACAAUUAAAUGGGUCCAGUAACUGGAAUGACUCCAGAUAAGAAAGCUGAAACACCAGGAGCAGGAAAAGCUGCAGGAUUAAGGCAGAUUUACAGAAUGGGAAGCUUGCCUGAAGCAGUUGAUGCUGCUCCACCAAAAGCCACUUUAGUGGACAGCGAAUCAGCAGAUGAUGAGCUCACAAACUUGAACUGGCUGCAUGAAAGUACUAAUCUUCUAACAAACUUCAGCCUUGGAAGCGAGGGUCUUCCAAUGGUUAGCCCUUUGUAUGACAUUGAGGGUGAUAAUGUGCCAUCUUUUUCACCAUCUUGCUACCAGAACAUGGAAAAAAAAUCAGCCACUUCCAAACCCCCUUAUUCCUUUAGUCUUCUCAUUUACAUGGCUAUUGAACAUUCUCCUAAUAAAAGCUUGCCAGUCAAAGAAAUCUACAGUUGGAUUCUGGAACGCUUCCCUUAUUUUGCUACAGCACCUACGGGGUGGAAGAACUCAGUCCGACACAAUCUUUCUCUGAACAAAUGUUUCCGGAAGGUGGAGAGAAGCCAUGGCAAGGUGAAUGGAAAAGGUUCAUUAUGGUGUGUUGAUCCAGAAUAUAAACCCAAUCUUAUACAAGCAUUGAAAAAACAACCUUUUCCUUCAGCACUUGCAUUUUAUACCCCACCAGCAUCACCACCAAGUAGGCCAUCGUCUCCUCACUAUUUAACCUCAGUACUUAAGCAGAACCAUGGUCGGUCUCUCAAAGAAUCUGACAUUGAUGCUGCUACUGCCAUGAUGCUGUUAAAUACUUCCAUUGAACAAGGGAUGUUGGACUGUGAGAAGCCCCAGCCACUGAAGACAGCCAAGAAAAGGAGUUAUGGCAGUGCAUUUAAUCCUCACAGUUCAGUGAAUCUGCAAGAAAACGAUUCUGCAGCCACCAAUAUCGAUCCAAAGAAGGAUCACAAUUACAGUGUUAGCAGUGUGGCUUCACAGCGCUGUGCAUCUAGAUCCAGCGUGUCUUCCUUGUCCUCAGUUGAUGAGGUAUAUGAAUUCAUCUCCAAGACCAGCCAUGCAGGAAGUGACAGCAGUGAAGGAUUUCACAGUGAAGUGGAUACAGACGUUGACUAUGAAGAUGACCCGCUUGGAGACAGUGGCUAUGCAUCACAACCUUGUGUAAAUACCUCUGACAGGGUUUUCAAGGAGUUAUGUCAAGAAAUAGAUGAGGAGCUGAAAGAGGCAGCUGGUUCUCUGCUCCACCUGGCUGGAAUCCACACAUGUUUGGGUUCCUUAAUAAGUACUGCAAAGGCCCACAGUCAGAAGCAGAGGAAAAAAUAGUUAUACCUGGUAGUGUGAAUAUAUACUUAUAUUUUUUUUAAGUGUGGCAAUACUCUUCUACUUUUACCCUUCACAAGGGAGAUCAAAGCCAUAAGAGGACUUGUUUGCUUUUUAUUUUUGGCGCUAAUUAUAGCUUGGCCUUUUGUUUUUAAAUCAUUGGCUAGAAGAUUUUAUUUAAUCAUUUCAGAUUAGAGGAGAUGCCUGACUGGGGAAAACCCAAUGGUAUCCUUCUUAAUGGUGAUUGAUUUGAAUAUUUGAUUACUUCCUGAGAGAUUAAUUGGUUCAGAUGCACAUUAUGAAUAAUUUUGCUCUGUACUAACCCUCCACACACACACUCAAGGGGAAAUAUCACCCAGGGUCGAGGGAAGACAGCUUUUCCAUCUCUUCCCAUAAUACAAAUAACUUUUACUGGUGAGACAGGUGAAAAGCUGCCAUUUUGCGUGCCUGCGUGCGUGCGCGCGUGAGGGGGUCAUUUUUCCCCAACUAUUGAAUAUUCAGUAGUUGUUAGCAAAAGGUUCUUGUUGAAUUCCUCCAGCCCCUCUCCCCCCACCAGCCCCAUGUAGAAGUUACUGUCUUAAAAACCCCCCACAGAGUUCAGGCUAUGCUGUCUUGUUGCAUGAAUGAAUGAGGUGGGGAUUCUAGAUGGCUAAAUUUUUAAGUGAUUUCUGGGAACAGAACUUAUGACACAUUUAGGAAAAGCAAAACAUAAUAGUUUCAUUUUGAAGAUUAAGAAAACUGAUUUAAUAACUGUAAUGUCUAAAGAGACCCUAUGAGUGUUGCAGUGUUGGCUGCCAUACUGCCCUUUUUCUAAGUCUACUGAUUACUGUGUUUCAGCCUCAUGCUAUAUGGACCACUUUAGCAACCAUUGAAAUACAGUGUUAACCUAUAAGCAAGGUAUGUUUAGGGCCUUCGGUAUGCACUGUAACACAGAAGACCUCUUUACUUUGAUGUGGGGGAAGCUCCUUAAAACUCAUCAUCUUUGCAAUAAAAGAACCUCUUUAAAAUACCCAAACUUCCUGUGCCCAAGAAUGUUAGUCAUCAAAUAUAAGAUUUUUUUUUAAAUAAAAAAGCUGAGUGAUGACUGCUUGCAUCUUACUAUAGAAGAUAGCAUUUUGUAGUGUUUUGUGAAAAAAAUGGGUAUGCAGACAUAUUAGACUGGGUUUAACAGUACUUUAAUUAAAAGAAUGCCUUAAGUAUAUUUCAGAAUUGUACAGAACUAAACAUCGGUCAUCUUGCCUGUUUCUGAGAGGCAGUAGGAUGUGCCAUUAAUUUUUUUUUUUAGUAAUAUGUUAAACUAUUGCUUCCAGUAUGUGUUGGGCAAGAUGGUUUAGUAUUAGAAGCAAAUAUACCCAUGUAGGAACCCAUGUCCACUGUUUUUGAUUGUUGAGAACAAGGCUGGAUUUAAAAAAAAAAACCCUGAAACUUAGUGAUAGAAAAUAUUUUUCUGGCCACUUGGAAAUAAGGUGCUUGUAGUUCAGUGUUUUUCUUAUUUAUCUGUCUCUUCCUGCAUAUUGCCCUGUAGCUUUCCCAGCUAGUUAACAUGUUUAUACAGUGGUACUGCUUUGAAGGUCUCCUGUUCUGAGGGCCCAUUCCAGUGCCUGUUGAAGACAAUGACAGUACUCCAUUGAUUUAAUGGCCAUUGGAUCAAGCCUUAAUAUGUUAAGGUUUACAUAGUGUGAGUUUGGUAUUUAAAAAAGACAGCUUUAAAAACUGCAGAAAGCUCCUUUUGGUUACUCAUUAGUUUUAUGCAUGGAAGGGUAAAAAGAGAAAGAAAUGAUCUCUCUUUCAUGAACCUGUGUCUGCACACACCCACCAAUCCACUCGCAGAGAAGGAAAUAUUGUAUACAACCAUGCUUCUUCCUGCAUCUCUGAUAGCCUUAACUGCUAUUGAACAAGCUAUUGAUUACAUAAGGUAAUUAAUGAUCUCAAAAUGUAAAACAAAAAAACAAAACCCCUAAUAACCCAUUAAUUUUAAGCACAAAUAUUGUGGUUCAGGGGAUUUCUUCAUAAUGCAAUGUAGAUGUUGAUGCCUAAGGACAUUGCUUUCACUGAUGUUUACCCAUAUACCUGUUAAUAGUGUCUAAUACAAAGCAUAUUUGUUACAGCAGUGCAAUCACGUUUGACCUGUGGAGAAGUAUCUUUAAUCCAUUGGAAUUUCAUUCAGAACCACAAGUGAGAUUCCAAGGAACUGAACAAGUGGGUCACACAGUACUUGCUCAAAUCAGUCCCAGGCUUUCUGUUAACUUGGAAGGAAGCUAGAUCCAGCCCCACUUAUUCAGAUACUGGCAGUCUGUUCAUACUUGUUGUCUUGAUAUGUUUGCCAAAGUAAUAAUGUUAACCUUUUCAAAUGUGGCCCUUUGUUUCCCAACAGAAUCAGUGUAGCUAAAAGUAACAAGGUUCCAUGCUUAAUAGAGGCCUGACUGUGCCACCAUUGACACUGAAAUCAGUGGUACCCCUUGGCAUGUGUGAGAGUGGCAGGCAGGCCACAAAUUACUGCUAUAUUUCAGUUUCCAUAUGCAAAGACAAAGCAAUAAAGUCAUUAUGUCAUUAACAAAAAGCUAAGGCUGAAAGGACUUCACUUGAAGCUCUAAGGAAGCAGAUUGAGAACAGUGUGGUGGGGCUGGUGCUAGAAUUCUCCCUUCUCAGCCUGGAAAUGUGGCUUAGGCCACACGUAUAGCAGCAGUCUAUGCUACACUCUUCCCCAGAUAGUUACGUAUUGCUGGUAACCAACCUAUCAAUGGCUACUAAGCAGAUUGGUUACCUGCUGCUAACCAAUUGCCCCCAUGUUCCUUUAUAUUCCAAUGGGAUGGAGGCAUCCCAGUGCUCUCCCAGUUUCUAAGGGCUAUGGAGUCCCUCUGUGGCCUCUUGCUUUUCAGCGCUCAGCACCUCCUGCUGCAGCAGAGGUCAACUUAACUGUUCUCUUGUUGAGAAACCCUCUUUAUAUUUACCCGAGAUGGCUUCCUUUCUUUUCACUUGCACAUUGUUUCCUUCUUUGAGUUCAGGAUCCUGUUGUAUAUAAAUAUAAAUUAGUAUAAUUGAGCAUUGUUUUAAUUUUGUCAGCGACAUUAUGUAAAAUGUUCAUACCAAAUGGUAAGU